UUCAAUACAAGUCAUUUAUAUUCCUUGGUCGAAUUUUACCACGGUAGUCUAAAGAUCCAAGGUCUUUUUAUAAUGUCAUACAACAAUUAUAACAAUUCUUGGGAUAAUCAAAAUAUGCCAGUUCAGGAUUACGAUUCUCCCGCUGCUUCAACCUCAGUAACACAUAAUCGUGUAAAUAAUUGGGUGGGCAUGAAUGGUGGCAGUCCUUCUUAUUCUCAAGGGUAUACAAAUGGAGUUUCGACAGGCUAUGGUGGCACUUUGUCAGAACAACCAUCAACGAACCAUAUUAGUGCACAGCGAGGUGCACCAAACGGAAUAUCAGUGAAUACAUCUAAUCUUUUACUGCGAAAUUCAACCAUAAUUGGAACCGAUGCGGGUAAAAUUAUUUGUGUAGCAGAUGUUAGAGGAAAUAUCUCUCAAUUGAAUACACUUGCUAAAGAAACGGGGGCUGUGGCUGUUAUUCAUUCCGGUGACUUUGGGUUUUACGAAAACAGUAGUCUAGAUAGGAUAAGUGAUAG